ACUUCCUGGCAAUGGUUCCACAGCAGCGUGCUAGUUGCUAGUCAACUUCUAGCGUAGCUGCUCGUGAGUAGUUUGAGAGAUGUUGAGCGGCAGGACUAGCGUAAUGGUCGCCGGUGUGUGUGGCGUCUUCUUUGUCGCGUACUGUAUUUACUUUGACAGGAAGCGACGGAGUGACCCCCGCUUCAAGGAAAAGCUGCGUGAGCGUAGAAGAAAACAGAAGGUCUCCAGUGAGAAGUCUGCACUAAUAAAGCUGCCGAACUUGAAUGACGAAGAAGCUGUCCAGAAAUUCUUCUUAGAGGAAAUCCAGCUGGCAGAGGAGCUCCUUGCACAAGGUGAAUUGGACACAGCUGUAGACCACCUGACCAGUGCCGUUGCAGUAUGUGGUCAGCCUCAGCAGCUACUUCAGGUGCUUCAGCAGACGCUGCCUCCUCCAGUCUUCCAAAUAUUGCUCACCAGACUACCCAGCAUCAGCCAGCGUCUCGUCAGUGCUCAGUCUUUAACGGAAGAUGACGUCGAAUGAAUGUGUGAAUGAGUUUGAGAUGGAAAUCCACAAGGGCGGGGGGGGGGGGGGGG